GGUGUAUGCAGAAUGACUGUAUGUAGAAUUCGCUAAAGCGUUACAUUCGCUCUGGUUUGGAGCUAUCUUGAUUGGAGGGGCUCGAGCUCACGAACAAACACAAAGUGACCGGCAAAAUGAACGCACUGCACGUGCCGCGGGCUCUUUGCGUUUGUGUUGCCUUAUCGCUUCUGAUAACCGUCAGUGCUGCUUCUGUAAAUCAAAGUGAACCUCUACCAUCUGUACUAGAGGACGAUGUCUUAGACAAUAAAAAAAUCGAACUGUUUGACGGAGUGUCAGUGAAAAUUCCAAAAAGUGAAGACCGCGACAGAAAAAUGUUGUCUUUGGAAAUUAAUACCGGCAAGGAUGUUGAAACAGGUCGAGGCAAACAGAAGAAGCUAAUGCAGCGAAUUUUACCUAUGUUCAUAAUCCCAUUCCUUAUCCAGUCAACUAUCGUGCCCUUUUUCCUCAGUAUGCUCAAGUUUAUGCUCUUCAAAUCUCUCAUGGUGGGAAAACUAGCCCUUGGUCUGAUUCUCCUUAACGCGUUCAAGAAUCAUAAUGCUGUUAAAGGACGAAACGAUCCAGACAUAGCGAAUAUUCACUAUGGUUAUCAAAAACACGGAAUGGAAUAUGGUGCAUACGUUAACUGACUGUUCUAAAACAGUAUUAGCUAGCUUCUCUAAAAUUGUGGUUCUAGACUGAAUAUUAAUGUGCUAUAUUGUAGUAAAACAUUUCAUCAAGAAAAUCUGUCCUGCAGUAGGUCAAUGCCUACAGGUCAGUUUUAAUUCCGGACACCAAAUCUUACAAUGUCGGUGUCGUUAAGCUAUUUACCUUAUUUAAAAGUUGUUGUACCAAGCUUUAAAAUAUGUUUUUUCUACGUCAUAGUUUACACAACAUAGUAAAUAGUUGUAAUAACUAUAAAAUAUAGUUAUAUAAUAUGUUCUCAUCCAAGAUGAAAUGCUGAACCAAAAUUCAUUGGAAUUUAAAAAAAAACUUGGCUUGCCGGUUUGGUGUACUUUCUCCAGGUCGUGUAAAAGUGAAUCACGUCUAAGCAUACGUAUUACAACAUUAACUGUCAGUGAUAUAGAUUUAUACUACGUAGCAUUUACUGCUAUAUCUGCUACGUGAAUGGAAUAGAGAAGUCGUUUAUGCAAAAUAUACCUUCAAGGAAGAAAGCACUGAUUUCUUUUAAAGAAUUUUCAAGAUUGUCGAGACAGUAUAAUUGUAACUUUUUUGUUAAAAAAAACCCGACCUCACAAGUUUGUGGAAUUAAAUAGAUUUGCCAAUUUUAUUGAAAUCGGUUACCGGAAAGUGAGCGAAACCGGAUUAUUCCCCUAGUUUG